UUAACUCACAUUAGUAAAAUCUUUGUUGUGUUAUCAGCGCCAUCACAGCGAUGACAAAUUGAAUUAGGUGUUCAAUUGAAAUGCGUUUGUUUACAACUAGAACGAAGUAUCUGAUGUUAAUUGAUUGUAAAAAAAGCCGACUGAAUCUAUUUUAAAGAAAAUGAGUACAAAAUCUGGUGGCGAUGCUGAUCCAAUGAAUGAAGAAUACACGGGAAGUGUAACAGAGGUUGGAGCCCAAGCUGUUUGGAGUCUGUCAUCAUGUAAACCAGGUUUUGGUGUGGAGCAAUUACGUGAUAAUUGCAUGGAUACAUAUUGGCAAUCAGAUGGUCAAUUGCCGCAUUUGGUGAAUAUUCAAUUUCAACGUAAAACAGCUGUCAAUCAAAUAUACAUUUAUACAGAUUACAAAUUGGACGAAAGUUACACACCGAGCCGCAUAUCAAUACGAUCUGGGACGCAUUUUAAUGAUUUACAAGAAAUAGAAAUUGUCGACUUGGUCGAACCGACAGGUUGGGUGCAAAUUCCAAUCAAGGAUGUUCGCAAUAAUCCAAUUCGAACAUUUAUGAUUCAAAUAGCCGUCAUUUCAAAUCAUCAAAAUGGCCGUGAUACCCAUAUGAGACAAAUUCGAAUACAUUCACCGAUCGAAGGUCGUAAAUAUCUAUUGGAAGGAUUAGGGAAAUUUACAUCGGUCGAAUUUCAACAAUUUAGCACGAUUCGCUAAUUGUCAUCAUCAUCAUCAUCAAUGGCCAAAAAAUUAAUUUAAUUUGAGAUUCGCUCGUUGUUGAAUUGUAAUUUUUUUUUUUUAAUUAAAAACAUAAUGAAUAUUAAAACAUAAGAGUGCUGUCAUGUAUCUCAGCUCUGAACGAA